AUGACCAAAGACAAAGAAUCUCCCAUCAGAAGCCGUCAUUCUGUUUACAUCGUGGCCUUAGUGUUUGGAACCAUCAUCCAGUUCUCUGUUGAAAGCGGAUUUGUGGUAGACAUGUCAAAAACAAGCCUUACUCAUGUUCCCAAAGACCUGCCACCAAAAACCGAGGUCUUAGACUUGUCUCAGAACAACAUAUCUGAGCUUCACCUGUCUGAUGUCAGCUUUCUCUCGGGGCUGAAAGUUCUGAGACUUUCCCAUAAUAGAAUCCAGGGCCUUGAUGUUAGUGUUUUCAAGUUCAACCGUGAUUUGGAAUACUUGGAUUUAUCUCACAACCAGCUGCAGAAGAUAUCUUGCCAUCCGAUCACCACGAGCCUCAAACACUUAGACCUAUCCUUCAAUGACUUUGGUGCCCUGCCCAUCUGUAAGGAGUUUGGCAACUUGACCCAACUGGAUUUCUUAGGAUUGGGUGCUGCAAAGGUACAACAGUUAGAUCUGCUACCAGUUGCUCACUUGCACCUAAGUUGUAUCCUUCUGGAUUUGGAAGAUUAUUAUAUGCAAGAAGAGAAAGAAAGCCUUCAAAUUCUGAAUACAAAGAAACUUCACCUUGUUUUUCACCCAAAUAGCUUUUUCUCUGUCCAAGUGAACAUAUCAGUGAAUAGUUUAGGGUGCUUACAACUGACUAAUAUUAAAUUGAAUGAUGACAAUUGUCAAGUUUUACUUAAAUUUUUAUCAGGACUCACUGGAGGACCAACCUUACUAAAUUUUACCCUCAACCAUAUGAAAACAACUUGGAAAUGUUUGGUUAAAGUUUUUCAAUUCCUUUGGCCCAAACCUGUAGAAUAUCUCAAUAUUUACAAUUUAACAAUAGUUGAAAAAAUUGAUGAAGAAGUUUUUACUUAUUAUAAAACGACAUUGAAGGCACUGAAAAUAGAAGAUAUUACAAAUGAAGUUUUUAUUUUUUCACAGGCAGCAGUAUACACACUGUUUUCUGAGAUGAAUAUUCUGAUGUUAACCAUAUCAGACACACGCUUUAUACACAUGCUUUGUCCUCAGGGACCAAGCACAUUUAAGUUUCUGAACUUUACCCAGAAUGCUUUCACAGAUAGUGUCUUUCAAAAUUGUGGCACUUUAACUAGAUUGGAGACACUUAUCUUACAAAAGAAUGAAUUAAAAGACCUUUUCAAAACAAGUCUCAUGACUAAGGAUAUGCUUUCUUUGGAAACACUGGAUGUUAGCUGGAAUUCUUUGGAAUAUGACAGAUAUAACGGAAAUUGCAGUUGGGCUGGGAGUAUAGUGGUAUUAAAUUUAUCUUCAAAUGCACUCACUGACUCUGUUUUCAGAUGUUUACCUCCUCGGAUCAAGGUUCUUGAUCUUCACAAUAACAGAAUAAGGAGCAUCCCUAAAGAUGUCACUGGUCUAGGAACUUUGCAAGAACUCAACCUUGCUUCCAAUUCUUUAGCCCACCUUCCUGGAUGUGGUAUCUUUAGCAGCCUUUCCAUACUGAUCAUUGAUUAUAAUUCAAUUUCCAAUCCAUCAGCUGAUUUCUUCCAGAGCUGCCAGAAGAUUAGGUCCCUCAAAGCAGGGAACAAUCCAUUCCAAUGUUCCUGUGAGCUGAGAGAGUUUAUCCAAAGUGUCGGCCAAGUAUCCAGUGAAGUGGCAGAGGAUUGGCCUGAUUCUUAUAAGUGUGACUAUCCGGAGAGCUAUAAGGGAGCCCUUCUAAAGGACUUCCAUGUAUCUGAGCUGUCAUGCAACACGGCUCUGCUGAUUGUCACCAUCGUGGUCCCUGGGCUGGUGCUGGCCGUUACCGUGACUGUCCUCUGUAUCUACCUGGAUCUGCCCUGGUACCUCAGGAUGGUGUGUCUAUGGACCCAGACCCGGCGCAGGGCCAGGAAUGUGCCCUUGGAAGAACUCCAAAGAACUCUCCAGUUCCAUGCUUUUAUUUCAUACAGCGGGCACGAUUCUGCCUGGGUGAAGAAUGAACUGGUACCUUGUCUAGAAAAAGAAAAUAUAAGGAUUUGUCUCCAUGAGAGAAACUUUGUUGCUGGCAAGAGCAUCGUGGAAAAUAUUAUCAAUUGCAUUGAGAAAAGCUACAAGUCCAUCUUCGUUUUGUCUCCCAACUUUGUCCAGAGUGAGUGGUGCCAUUAUGAACUCUACUUUGCCCACCAUAAUCUCUUCCAUGAAGGAUCUAAUAACUUAAUCCUAAUCUUGCUGGAACCCAUUCCACAGAACACCAUUCCUGAUAGAUAUCACAGGCUAAGAGCUCUCAUGGCACAGAGAACUUAUUUGGAAUGGCCCAAGGAGAAGAACAAACAGGGACUCUUUUGGGCUAAUAUUAGAGCUGCUUUUAAUAUUAAAUUAAGACUAGUCACUGAAAACGAUGAUGUGAAAGGUUAA